GAUGUUCAAGUACGCGAUUGUCGCGUUUGCUGUCUUUGCAGCAUCUGACGCUUUCGGCUUUGGACUCAUGGGAGGCGGUAGCAGCUGCGGCUGUCCCGCACCUGCUCCGCCUCCAUGUCCGCCUCCAUGUCCACCUCCAUGUCCUCCACCGUGUCCACCACCGUGUCCUGCACCUGCUCCAUCAUGCGGAGGCGGUGGCGGCGGAGGAUACCCUGCUCCUCCACCACCUCCACCACCACCAAUUUCACCUAUUUAUGUUGUGUACAGCAGCGAUCAGAGCGUCACAUCAAAUGUCGUGCAAUA